GAUCAAAAAUGCAUUGACGUUCGGCCGCUGCACAGCGCAGUCCGGCUACACCGCACUACAUAACAAGUUGCUGUAUCCAACUACCCGGUUUAUUGCUAAUCACUUAUCGCAGUUAACGUGUUAAGUGGCUUGUGAAAGUUGAGGAUAUUGGGUGAUCACAAGGCGCCGGCAUCUCGGCUAGGCUGGUAUAUCUAGAGUUGAAGCGGUGCGGAGCGGCUGCGCGCGCAGGCGGUGCCCAGACAUCUAGCACAGACGAGUGCGCUCUCGGGUCAAUAACUGAGUUGCUACGUGGGGGAAUCGGACGAUCGGCGCUCCGCUGCCGGCGAUACGCCAGGAGCCGACCCGCGCUCGCCCCUCCGGACCACAACGCGGCAAGGUGGCGCAGAAACUCGCCCGCGCCCACAGGAACAGCGAUGCCGACAAGGAGAAGGACAGGGAGAAACCGAUCACCCCCGACGCGUUGCUCGCGCCCGCCCAAGAUGAGGCCCCGGCCGUCGCAAGCGCACGCCCCGAGCCCAUCGACAUACACCCGCGCAAACGCAAAAUAAGAGCCACCAAAGACACUCAAAUAUCUAAAAACGAACCUUUAGAUAAAGUAAGAGCGGAAGCAACAAACCAUCCCAAUGCCUACCAAAUGUACAUACACAUUCGAAAGACGAUCGAAGUUCGCCAGAAGAACCUCCUGCCCGUCAAGCCCAAGCCCCCUAAAGACUUUAACAAUUAUCUGAUGAAUAGACGCACUUACACCUUACAGUCCACAGUAAACCCGGAAAGCAAGAUCGAAAUCCCGACGACACUUCCACCACAGAUGGUGGAAGAGUUUACUUCCCAAGAGAAGGAACGCACUCGCUUAGUCACCCAGCAUUUGGUUGAAAAAGAAAAGCUGGUGUUGGCAGUCGAGCAGGAAAUUUUACGGGUUCACGGCCGAGCCGAGAGGGCCGUGAGCAAUCAGUCGAUGCCUUAUUCUGUCUGCACAAUCCUGCGCGGGAAGGAGAUAUACACCGAGAUACCUCCAGAGCAAGAAGAGAACAGAACGACUCGCCGGGGGCGUUGCAACGGGCGACAGAUCAACGCGUGGCUCCAGGAGGUGGACGAUAAGUGGGAGAAGAUUAAGGAAGGUAUGCUGCGCCGGCAGCACAUCGAGGCCGAGACCCUCCACGCUGUACAAGUGAUGGAAUGGGAAUGGAAGUUGAAGGAGGUGGGCAUCUGCGACGCGAAGACCAAGCCGACCACCGACCCUGACCACGUGCCACAAGUCCAUGUAUCCAACUUCGACUUGCCUGCUUGAGCUUUACACGAAAUCUCAUUCUUCUAUCUAACGGAUGCCAUUAACAACCUGUUUCUUCACUCAUUAAGCUUUGGCUUUAUAGAGAUCCGUUAGUCUUUGUUAUUGUUCUUCACGAUCAAUUUUUGUAAUUGCAUUUUUAGCGUUACUAAUUGAAAUAAGAUCUUUGUAAAGCUGGGUCUUAAUUAAUAUUUCGCCAUAUGCGUUCGAUGAUAUUAGAACAAAAGUACCUUAAUUAAUUGUGUUCAUUUUUAACUAUGUUAAGUUUAGUUUAAGGAUGUUAGGAGGUGAGUUUUGACUCUGGCGUCAAAUGUUAAUGUGAUAGAUUGAAUACCACCCGACUGUUUAGGAUUAUUGAAUUUAACAAUUUCAUAUUGAUUGCUAAUAAGUGUCUAUAUCAUUGUUGAAAUGAAUUUCAGAAAUUUUCAAAUCUAAAUAUUACCCUAUCUCGAUGUUAAAUGUCUAGGACGACAUCAAUCGUCUGAUAAUCAUUUCAUUGGAUUAUAAUAUAAAUGUCUAUUAAAUACCGAAACAAUUUGUUAGCAGUGAUUAAAUGAUUCAAUUAUAUAAAUGUGAAUUUAUAAUUUUU